AUGGAACACGUCAUCCAGACCAGACUCCUUCACUACCUCGAAGACAGCCACCUCCUACCAGACACGAUGCUCGGCUUCCGCCCUCAUUUAGCGGCCCCGGACAUUAUGCUUCUUCUUCAUCACCAGGUCGUCAUGCGCCGCACACUAGACACGAAAGUCAUUGUCGGCCUCGAUGUUGCCAAGGCUUUCGACAACGUCCUCCAUGAAGCGAUUCUUCAGCAACUACAAACUCUUGGCGUCGGACAUCGCACCUACGCGUACAUCCAAGACUUUCUUACCGGCCGCACAGUGCAACUCAGCGCCGGCACCGGAGAUCCUUCCAUCAUUUCUCCGGGAAACCGUGGCACGCCGCAGGGCUCCGUGCUCACGCCGACGCUCUUUAACGUUGCACUGAUAGGCCUGCCCAAGCUACUGGCUGACAUUCCCCAUCUACACCAUAGCCUAUAUGCUGACGACCUCACUCUUUGGAUCACGCGCGGCAGUGACGGCCAGAUAGAAGAGACCCUCCAGACCGCCAUCGAUAGGGUCGGAGACUAUCUCGAUACAGUUGGCCUUACCUGCUCGGCUACUAAAUCAGAAUAUAUAAUCAUCCCGUCCCCGGGACGACGCCCACCAAAGAUACUUCCGGAACUCACCCUCCGGGUCCAAGGUAACUGCAUCCCUCGUACGGAUCACAUCAGGAUCUUGGGAUUACACCUACAAGCCAACGGCAGCAACAACAUCUCGCUCCAACGCAUUGACCAGUCGGUGGUACAGAUCGGACGCCUCCUUAAGCGAGUUUCCAACAAGCACCGAGGUAUGCGAGAGUCCAACCUCCUGCGCCUCGUUCAAGCCUUCAUCUGCUCCCGCAUCACAUACUCUGCACCCUACCUACGUCUCACUCGUGCCGAAAGCGAAAGGCUAGAGGCGUCACUUCGCAAAGCUUACAAGACGGUCCUGGGUCUUACUAUGUCCACAGCCACUCACAAGCUUAUGGCUCUCGGCAUCUCCAACACCGUGAACGAAUUAAUCGAAGCUACCCUCACUGCCCAAUACGAGCGGCUCUCACUGACGCACGCUGGCCGAGCGGUACUGCAACAGGUGGGGAUAUCACCGACGAGGGCGGCUCCCAGUUACGCUGACCUUGCCCCGGAAUAUCGCCAAAGCUUCCGCAUUCCUCCCAUUCCCAAACGGAUGCACCCGGAACACCACGCCGAGAGACGGGCCGACCGUGCACGUCAACUGGAGAAGCGCUUCAGCGGACGUCCGGACGUCACGUAUACCGACGCUUGUUACCACCACCCGAAGCCAGCAAUGGUGGCGGUAGCCCUCGCCCCUCACCGCAGCUGGCACACAGCCUGCAGCAUUCGCAACGCAGAAACGGUCACCGUAGCAGAGGAAGUCGCCAUUGCGCUAGCGCUAACCGACCCUAUUACCGAAGUAGUCAUCAGUGACUCACAACAGGCGAUCCGCAACUACGAUGCCGGCCGUAUCUCUCGCCACGCAUUACACAUCCUUUUUUCUGCUCCACCUUCUUCCUCCUCCUGCUUACUCAUUUGGGCUCCAGCCCACGAGUCACUCAGAGGAAACGCCGAGGCGCACACUCUCGCCCGAGAACUUAGCUGCCGAGCCGAGAGAGUGACCCGCCUCCCCGCUUUCCCUGACACUAAUAGAUCACGCGCGUUUAUGCUCACCACGGAAACAGACAUCCUCCAGUACUACCGACUCGGAAGAUGCACGUAUCCUCCCGCACACCGCGAUCUAACAAGACGCGAGGCCGUCCAAUGGCGCAAACUACAAACAGGCAGCUUUCCACACCCGCUUUUAUACAAUAGAAUCUUUCCACAACAGAUAGCACCCAGGUGCAAACACUGCUCAGCUCCGGGCACCCUCAUACACAUGGUGUGGACUUGUACACACUACAACGCAGACAACUUAAACACCCCAGAGACGUGGGAGCCCCUCCUGCGUACGUCCGAGCCGGAAGACCAACGCCGGCUUAUCCAGCGCGCGGUGGAGGCCGCGACAUCCCAAGGGAUCGCCGCCGACCUCCUCUAAGCGAGCGCAACCGGUCCUGGGACUGGUCCCCUGUGUUUAUGGGAGAAAUAAAGAGUUCGCCA